UGGUGGUCUCCUCUGCCCCUUGCUCCUUGCCUCCUCAGUCCUCUGUCUUCAGUCCUCAGUGUGCCGGGAACUGUAGGUGUGAGUGGAGCUGUGCAGUGAGCAGACCGCUGACGCCUCUCCUCCUCCCUCUCGCCGCGCCCGACGCACUCCCCCUCCGCCAUGGUCCUGCCGUCCCAGAAGAACGAGAAGACCUACCUCCUCCCAGGGUCGUGGUGGAAGGGAAAGAACCUCUCCACGUCCUCAGCUUCGUCCUCCCCGCCGCCGCCGCCGCCGUCAUCACCUCCCAUGUAUGGCGGAGUUUCCAGCAUCGCCCCGUCCAUCGAGGACAUCAUGGUAUGCAGCGGCGAGCACGGACGGGCGAAGCGUGGCCUGGGCCUACUCCUCACCUCUUUCUUCCUGGUGGCGCAGGUGGCCGGUCUAGGCGUGCUGGCGCUCCCUUGGGCCGUGGCGCAGACAGGUUGGCUGGGGCUAGUGCUGGUGGCGGCCGUGGGUGUGUGUGUGGGUGUGUGCGGGUGUCACCUGGGCACGUGCUGGUGUAUCCUGGAGGAGCGCUGGCCGGAGUACCAGAGGGCGUGCCGCAAACCCUACCCCGCCAUGGCCUUCCGCACUCUGGGCUGGCCUGGCUGGUACACCGUGAACGUGGUGCAGUGCGUGACUCUCUUCGGCGUCUCCAUCGUCACCAUCCUCCUGUCGGCUGAGCUCCUGGAGUCCGUGUUCACCCCGGUGCUGCCCAAGCUGACGAUGUGCUCGUGGGUCCUGGUGUGCGGCGCGGUACUGGUGCCGUUAUCCUGGCUGGGCACGCCGCGGGAGUUCUGGCACGUGUCGGUGCUGGCCCUGGUGGCUGCUGUGGCCGCGGUUUUGGUGGUGAUCAUCAAGAUUCUGGUGGAGACACCGGUUGAAGAGGCCACUCACGCCUCGCCCACCGCACACUCCUUCUUCCUUGGCCUCGGCACCAUCAUGUUCUCCUUUGGCGGCGCCGUCGUCUUCCCCACCAUCCAGAACGACAUGUCAGACCGAUCCAAGUUCCCGCUGGCCAUCAUGAUAUCGUUCUGCGCCCUCCUGCUGAUGUACCUGCCCAUGGCCGCCUUGGGCUACCUGGAGUUCGGCAGCGGCGUGCAGGUGAACGUUCUGCUGAUGGUGCACGGCCCGUCCGUCACGGCGGUGGAGGUGCUCAUGUUCGUCAACAAUCUCUUCACCUACGUGCUCAUCAUAAAUCCGUUCUCGCAGUCACUGGAAGAGGCCGCGUCCCUCCCCACACGGUUCGGGUGGCGGCGGAGCAUCCUGCGCACCAGCCUGGUGGUGGCCGGCGUCCUCGUCGGCCUGGCGGUGAAAAACUUUGGCCGCAUCCUCAACUUGAUCGGCAGUUUCUCCGUGCCGCUCCUCACCUUCGUCCUGCCGCCCAUCUUCUACAUCCGUCUCUGUGACUCCAAGGAACGCAGUGACUGGCCUGAGAGGAGCAUAGCGCCGCCGCACCGCCUAGCCCUGUGGUUGGUCGUGGCCCUGGGCGCUGGGUGCAGCCUGGUAGCAACGUGGACCGCCCUGGAGGCCCUGCUCGAUCCUUCUGAUUCUUCUCUCUCAUGCUUCGACUGAUAGAUAAGUUUUUGCCGCCGUUUCAUCCUCCUCUCCUCUCUCCUCCUACUACUACUACCAUUACUACUCUCCUUAUCCCUCUCUUCUUCUUCUUCUUCGUUGUCGUUGUCAUCAUCCUCUUCCUCUUCUCGCCCACCUACUCCUCAAACGGUGUCUUCUCCUCCUCCUCCUCCUCCUCGCUCUCCAUCUUUUCCUUACUAAGCGGAGUAACAAGCACUACCUCUGCUGCUACUUGCUGAUCUACUGAUGCCCCGGAGAUUCCCGCAGUCCAGGUUGUAUCAGUCUCUGCCCAGCCGAGACCCCUCAGGGCAGCUAGUAGAGGAUCCAAGCAAAAUCUAAUUAUAACAAGUCUGGUCACUUCCCGCGAAAAUCUCGUCGGGCUCGCGCAUGACGUCCCGCUGCCUUCAGAGGCGGGGUCCGUUGCGUGGAACCGAGUCAGUCUGCAACAAGACGUGGUUAGGUGUAUAGUGCUGACGUGGACCAGGAUGCCUAAUAAAUGUGCUGUUGGUGGCUGUACAUCCAAUUAUAAACACAAACGUGGAAUUGUUUUUCACAGUUAAAUAAGAAUGAUAUACUUGGAGUUAAUAAAGAAACAAUAGAAUGACUGAAAAGGUAGUAUACAGUUGGCAAAAAAAAAAUACAAGUCACCCAUCAAUUUCUCCGUUUUCUGUACUCGGACCAUGUAGGUAAAAUUUGUGGAGUCGACAUUAGCCCUAAAAAGUGAAUCCGCCGAACUGUUAUUUUUAGGGCUGCAAGGUUGUGGACACCUGCCAGGUGAUGUCAGGUCAGGCUGCCCCUUAAUGGGCUCGGCCAGGCUGCCAGGUGUUGUCAGGUCAGGUAUUUAUGAAAUAGAUCUACCGCAACAAUAAAUGUGCAGU